UAAUAAGAUUAAUCGAAAGAUGGAUCUCGAAUCUUUAUGAUUGAAAUUUUUCUGAAAAGCACAUUUGUAUUAUUUGUUAAAUUGAAGUCUUUUUAAUGCAAUUUCAUUUUUUCAUAUCCAUAUUAAAGACCAUUGUUAAAAGGUAUUUAGUCCGCCUUUAAAAAUAUGGGAAUAUGCCUUAUAAAAGGCCUUCAUUUCACAGUUAACUCAUAUCAGAUCGAGUACUAACAACUUUUUAUACAAAAAUGAAGUUACUUGUAGUUCUGGCUUUCGUUGUCCUUUAUGCAUCCCUCACCGUUGCCCAGGAGCGCUGUGUUGGACGUCCCAGAAACCGUCAAAACUGUCUCGGCGGCAAGCACGAGGGACACGGAGGAGGGGAAUGCAGAAGAAGUGCUAUGCAUGAAAUGUGGUACUGGGACCAGGGUUCCAGGAAAUGCCUCAAGAUGAAGUAUCUCGGAUGUGGCGGAAACCGAAACCGCUACUGCUCCUUACGACACUGCCAGAGCUCCUGUCCUUGAAAAAAAACUUUUAAAAUGAUUUUGAUCCCGUUUCUAAAGCUUUCACCUUUCCUAUCAAAGUUAUAUC